AUGUUGACAGUGCGGACGGCGGGGUUCUGGUUUCUGGUGGCGUUGAUGAUGGGGCCGAUGAUGGCGGCUUUGGCAGAGAGCAACAAUGAUGAAGCGCAAAAUGGCAGUGGCAAGCACAAAAAGGGCGCAGCACAGCCCAACAGCUCCUCAGCUACGAGCUGCCCCCCGAACGCGCUGGUGCCAUUGUCGUACUUUGACUUGGUGGCCUACGUGGCGGCUCCCUGGUACGUGCAACGACAGGUCCCUCUGAACUACCAGCCCGUGAAUGAGCUGUACUGCGUCAAGGCGGAGUACGAACUAAUCGACCCCAGGAAUAUCUCGGCGGGCAUCGUCGUCAAUAAUUACGCAAAUGUGGGCAAAGUCAACGGACCCUCCAGAGGUUCGUCCAAGUACGACAGGACGAACAGCUCCCGUUUGUUAGGUUUCCCCGCCAACCCCGGAGUCGAGGCUCGUGAUGGCAAGCUACUUGUCGGUCCGGAGUUGCUGCAGCAGCUGCUGCCUGGGGACGCCUGGAGAGCCGCAUUCGGGCCCUACUGGAUUGUGGCAGUGGGUCUGUCCAAGAAUCCCACCCUCAAGUACGACUGGGCCAUCAUCAGCGGAGGACCGCCCAGGUACACCAGCCCACGCGGCAAUGGCUGCAGCUCGGUGCCGUACACGGGCAACACCACCGCCUGUAGCCAGAGCAAUGCUAGCAGCAGCAACAGCAGCAGCGGCAGCGACACCUGCAUCUAUCCAACCACCACCAGUACGGCCACAACAACCUCAGCCGCUACGACAACCGCCAACGUAACCACAAAGAAGGACGAGACCAACACCACCAAUGUCAACGGCAGUGGCAAUGUCAACGGGAACAACAGCACCAGCCCCAAUCCGGGCCGCGACGUUCAAGGCCCCGCUACCACAGUCCCUCAGGCAUCCCCACGAGCGGCGCCGGCAGACCGACCCAUGGGUGGUCGGGGUCCGGCAGACUUCGACCGGGGCGGUCUCUGGUUCUUCUCCCGUAAGCCAGUGGACCCGGAGGGCGCCCAGGAGAUGGACAGGAGGGCGAAAGGCAGGUGUAUCUGCUGCCCUGGCAGUGAGACCACACGCAAAACAGCGACACAGAUCUAUCAUUUGAGCUCGAAAAAUAGCAAACGACAAGAUCUACAGAGCCCACUGAGCGCUCUGUUCGGCUGA